CGUUAACGCGACCGCAGAAACCUCAAAUAGACCGUACAGUGUGUGAUUGAGUGUGUGUGCUUGUGUGCGUGCGUGCGUGCGUGUGUGUCUGUGAUUGAUGUAAACAAAUUGCUCCAAUCAAUUAUUGUUUUUGUUUGAAACGCCAAUUCAAGAAGCAGCAUCAUCAUCAGCAAAAGCAACACAAGCAGCUGUACGGAUGGGGAGGGACGGAGCUGCGUUUAAACGUUGUACCCCGACCCCCACCCCUCCCUUCUCGUCUACCUUUCUUAUCCUGCUCCAUCGAACUUCCUUAGUGCCCUUGCCCUUGGGCUAAGAUAACAUGCAACGCGAGUGAGCAAGAGAGAUCGAUGUGAGAGAUAACGAAGAGAGCGAUGCUGGAGUGAACGAGAGAGAGAGAGAAAGAGAGAGAGAGAGAGAAAGAGAGAGAGAGAGAGAGAGAGAGAGAGAGAGAGAGAGAGAGAGAGAGAGAGAGAGAGAGAAAGAGAGUGACCCGAGUUCACGCUAGCUUCACCACUAAUUGUCUGGAUAAGCCAGAAACUAAUGGCCCCUGUUUCUCACCACAGCCCCCCCCCCCCCCCCCCCUUUCCCUAGCCCCUUCCGCCGGGAAUGCUGGGGAGGCGCACUCGAGUAGCAGCACGGGCCCUGACCUCCAUAAACAAACGCAUCGCGAAUAACUCCCCCCAACCCCUUGCCUGCUCUGCACCAAUCUUUUUGGGCAAUUCCUUCCGAUACGGCGUACUCCUCUUCUUAUGUAACUGGCCAGCGCACAGUAGAGCCGGGGAGUUACUUCCAUUGCAUCCCGAUUGUGUGAAGUUGGCUUCUCGCACUACAUCCAAAGUCGUUUGUUUGGGCGCGCGCGUGUGUGUGUGUGUGUAUGUGUGUGAAAAGUAUGGGUGGCUGUUGAUUGCUUAGGUUGAGUGUACCAUCACACCUACCGCACACCUAGUAGCUGCUGGUAGUUCGGUGGUUACCAUGUAGCAAGCGAACGGAGAAAACCAUUGUCGCUCCGUCCAGGAAUCAGCCAGCAGCCAGCCAGCACCUCGAGGGCAAGGGCUGCACCGUGCGUGCGUUUCCUCAAGUAACGGAACAAGGUUUCCGUUUCCAAUCAUAGCAAACGGUGCACGCACGAAGACGGCGAUGUGAAGGACCUAGGAAGUUUACAUCGAUUGCAUAAGCAUCCAGCAGUGUCCAGCAGCUCUCUCGUUCGAUCCCCAAGGACGUGUUUUGCAAAAUUGGAACAUAACUCCGCCCAAUCGCCCCCCAUAACCCACCUGCUUUGCUCAUGGCUCUCCGUUCUGGGCAGGCUACUUCACCAAUCGAUCGACCCGCUCACUAGCUUGUUUUAAAGAGCUUAAAAACACGACAGAACGUUCUUUGGCUAAGCGGUUACUAUCAUCAUCAUUAUCAUCAUCAUCAUCAUGCUGAUAAAGGAGUACCGCAUCCCGUUACCGCUGACGGUGGAAGAAUACAGAAUAGCGCAGCUGUACAUGAUUGCGAAGAAAAGCCGCGAGGAGAGCAGCGGUGCAGGUAGCGGUGUGGAGAUCAUCGUGAACGAACCAUAUCAGAAUGGACCGGGCGGCAGUGGUCAGUACACGCGCAAGAUCUACCACGUCGGAAGUCAUCUGCCCGGUUGGAUCAAAGGGCUGCUGCCGAAGAGUGCGCUCACGGUGGAGGAGGAGGCGUGGAACGCGUACCCCUACACGAAGACGCGCUACACGUGCCCAUUCGUGGAGAAGUUUUCGUUGGAGAUCGAAACGUACUACUUCGCAGACAAUGGGCACCAGGAGAACGUAUUUCAGCUAGGCGGCUCCGAUCUGCGGAAUCGUGUCGUCGACCUGAUCGACAUCGUGAAGGACCAGCUGGGCGGGGCCGACUACGUACGGGAGGAAGACCCGACGCUGUACCGCUCUGAGCGCACCGGCCGUGGCCCGCUCGGCGAGCAGUGGCUCGACGAGUACUGGACGGAGGUAAAGGGCCGCACGCAGCCGACCGCUCGCAACAUGUCGCUGAUGUGUGCGUACAAGUUGUGCCGAGUGGAGUUCCGCUACUGGGGCAUGCAGACGAAACUGGAGAAGUUCAUCCACGAUACGGCGCUACGCAAGACGAUGGUGCGUGCACACCGGCAGGCCUGGGCCUGGCAGGACGAGUGGUUCGGUCUCUCGAUGGAUGACAUCCGCGAGAUCGAGCGGCAGACACAGCUGGCACUCAAGCGCAAGAUGGGCAACGAGGGAGGCGACAACCAGGACGAUGAUGCGGAAGAGGAGGAGGACGAGGAGGAAGAGGAGAAGGAACGACACGCCCAUGACAAUGACAAUCGUAACUCGAAUCAAAUGUACUCGAUAGAAAAAACAAAUGAAAACUCGACACCCUACAUGGAGAAGAAGGACACGACGAUCCCGCUUAUUACUACGACGGCGGAGGGUGGAGUUAUGCGCCAACCGGGGGCACCCGUCAGUAGCAAACGGGAUCACCACGCACGCAACGCUUCCAGCGAAGAGGAAGACGACGAGGAUGACGAUGAUGAGGAUGCGGAGGAAGCGGAUGCGUCAGGGUACGAACAGACGGCUGGUGUUAGAAAGAGAGACAGAAACGAAGAAGGAGUCGUUUUGUUGCGCAAGCAGAAUAAUUCCGGCUCGAAAAGCAAACUCCACUCGCCGUUGGGUUCGGCCCACAGUUUCGAUCUGCAGGUUGCCAACUGGAGGAUGGAGAAGCUAGAGAUGGAGUCCAAGUCCGGUUCGGAGGAGGAGUUCUUCGAUUGCGUCGGUGAGUUGGGGGAGAAGGCUUCGCUGGUAAAGUGGAGCUCGCUGGAGCUGCUGGCCGAAGAGGACGACAGCCCAUCGCUGGCGCCCGCGAACCACCAGGGUGGGAAAAACCAGGAGGACAGCAUCUUCAGCCAGUCGUACUUGCAACGCGUCACGUCGGAGCGAGGCAUGAGGCGCUCGUUUCUGAGUCAGUUCUCCAGCAUCGACCGGCAGAAUCAGGACGGAUCGCCGCCCGGUUCACCGGGGGGCCUGCCUGCCUGCCCGACCACGGUCUUGAUACUGAUCAUGCACGCCGGCAGCGUGCUCGAUGCCAGCUCGGACAUGACGGCGAAGAAGUCCGACAUCACAACGUUCCGCGGUGCCCUGGAGUCGGUGAUGCGCCAGCACUAUCCCUCGCUCGUCGGUCACGUUGCCCUGCGACUGAUACCCUGCCCGCCAGUCUGUUCCGAUGCGCUCGGCAUCCUGUCCAGCCUCAGCCCGUACUCCUUCAACAGCCCGCCGGGCGGUGGAGAUGUCGCUAACCUCACGGACGUACCGAUCGGUGCGAUACCACUGCUGGCGACCUCGUCGCCCGACUUUCAGGAAUCGGUGAGCCGAGCCGUCACCUGCGCCAACCAGAUCUUUGGUGAGUUUCUGAAGUCGGACGAGGGCCGUGGAUUCGGGGGCCAGAUCGUGCUGAUUGGUGACUCGAUGGGUAGCAUCCUGGCGCACGAUGCAUUGUAUCGCUCGAACGCGCACCAAGGCAGCGAGGCGUCCGGGCUCAACCAUAUCACCGAUCUGAUGGAGACGAGCGAGCUGCUGGACGCUAGCCGGUUGCUGACGGCACCAUCCCCCCGGCGCCGCUCCUCGUCCACCAGCGAGACGCGCGUGCCCAAGUUCGAGUUCGAGGUUGGCGAUUUCUUCAUGUUCGGCAGCCCGUUGGCGGUGAUCCUGUCGGCUCGCCGGCUCGCCGAUAGCCGCUACGGUAACAGCAAGCCGGCCUGCACCCAGCUUUACAACCUGUUCCACCCAACCGAUCCUACCGCGGCCCGGCUCGAGCCGCUCCUGAGCGCUCGCUUCUCGCUGCUGCCACCGCUGAACGUGCCCCGCUACGCCAAGUAUCCGCUCGGCAAUGGCCAACCGUGCCACCUGCUCGAGCUCAUCCAAUCAAGCCCGCAGAUUUUUGGUGACGGUAUGCCCGGACCGUCGGCACGCCGUCUGUCCGACUCAUCCAUCCAGAGCGGUGCGUCCGGGAUGAUCGAUAACGUGCCGCUCACCACGAUCAACCAGCUGCAGCAGCGCUGGUGGGGCUCGAAGCGGCUCGACUACGCGCUCUACUGCCCCGAGGGGCUGAGCAACUUUCCGUCGCACGCGCUGCCGCACCUGUUUCACGCCAGCUACUGGGAGUCGAGCGAUGUGGUCGCGUUUCUACUGCAGCAGAUCGGCCGCUUCGAUGAUCUGGCCGGUGCCGGUGGCCAGGACAAGGAAGGUGUAUCCGCGUUCCGGCCGAGCCAGCCGCGCGAAAAGUGGAACAAGAAGCGCACCUCAGUGAAGCUGAAGAAUGUGGCGGCCAACCACCGGGCGAACGAUGUGAUUGUGCGCGACGGCGAACCGCAGCGGCUAGUGGCCCGCUUCAUGUACGGGCCACUCGACGUGAUCACGCUGGCCGGCGAGCGCGUCGACAUCCACAUCAUGCGCGACCCGCCGGCCGGCGAAUGGCAACUACUGGCCACCGAAACGACCGACAAGAACGGGCGCAUCAGCUACGUGGUGCCGGAGGAGCGGGCAUGUGAGUACGGCAUCUACCCGGUCAAGAUGGUCGUCCGAGGUGACCACACGUCUGUCGACUUCUACAUCGCGGUGGUACCGCCACGCACCGAGUGCAUCGUCUUCAGUAUCGAUGGUUCGUUUACCGCGUCAGUGUCGGUGACGGGCAAGGAUCCGAAGGUGCGGGCAGGUGCGGUCGACGUGUGUCGGCACUGGCAGGAGCUUGGCUACCUGCUCAUCUACAUCACUGGUCGCCCAGAUAUGCAGCAGCAGCGUGUUCUCUCCUGGCUGAGCCAGCACAACUUUCCGCACGGGCUCGUCUCGUUCGCCGACGGGCUGUCGACCGAUCCACUCGGCCACAAGGCCACCUAUCUCAGCAAUCUCAUUCUCAACCAAGGCGUGAUAGUGCACGCUGCCUACGGCAGCAGCAAGGAUAUCAGCGUGUACACCAGCAUCGGGCUCAAGCCAAAGCAAAUUUUUAUCACCGGCAAGGUUAGCAAAAAGCUUCAGCCCAUGGCGACCCCACUGACGGAUGGCUAUGCGGCACACCUGAGUUCGCUGAUGGCGGUAGGUGGGUCGCGACCAGCCCAGGGCAAUGCCCGCAUGGUGAUUCCCCGCAGCUGCUUCAAUCUGCCCGGUCAGAACCAAUCGAUUCGCCGGCGUCGAUUCGUUCCUGGUUAAGUGUGCCGGGUGUGUGCGCCCGCACAAGUCAAUCAAACCGUAUGACUCUCGCAAUUGCAAUGCCGCCAACAUAUUUCAAGCAAAAAAAAAAAAUAAUAAGCGCCGAACAGGGUAACGCAUCACAGAAGAACCUUCGCGACUGCCGCGCCCCUCCCAGCUACACCCGAUACAGUGCCACCCCACAGGGUAGCAGAGGUGGUUCCCGCCAGGGGUCCCGUGGUGCUAUACAAUGGUAGCAAAGUGUUAAUCUCAAAGAUCUGUCACCGGAAUCUUGUGUUACUAGUACGUAAGGAUACGAUCUUCGCAAUCUCAUCAGCAGCAGCACGUAUAACCGUUUAGUCCUACACUGCUGAGCUGAAAUCUGUAUCUCGAUAUCAUCCCAUAAUACGCUCAUAGCGAGAUAGGAUAAGCAAAGGAUGUAAGCAUGUAUGGGGAAAGGAGAAAGGGGGGAGGGGAGGAAUGAAAGUAGGAUAGAAUGGGAGAAUGGUCAACCGUGUAGUCUCUAGUUUGUGAACAGUUUCAUCAAAUGAAUUGUUGCCGUAUCGACUUAUCAUCACCACAAACCCACACACAAAACAGACACGGAAACACAAACACAAACACAGAUAAGUGAAUCAAAGUCUGCCAAUGUAGCAAACAGCAUAUAUACAUAUUUAUAUAUCAAUAUAUAUGUCUAGGUGACUGGUUACAGGAAGUUUGUAAAGUAAGGAUUUCGACGCAAUAUUCUAUUUUGUCACAUGGUACCUGGCUUAGAAGACUGUCUCUUACCGGCUGUUGAAAACAAAAAACAACAAAAAAAAAUACAAAAAACCAAAAACAAAAAAAAACAAAAAGCAUGGAUACCAAGAGGAACCCAAAAUUCCCACAGUUGAGAC